CUUUGUCAUUCUUUUCCAACUGAGAACCAUGACUCAUCAACUGGUACAGUAGUAGCUGGAUGGUUUAAACAUCAGGCUGUUGUUCUGAACAGACAGGUACAGGAUUAGAUUCAGGCUGUAGAGUGGAGGCUGUUGGGAAUGGCUGAGAAGUCUCUAAGGACAGGAGGUUACUAUUUACUGAUGGAUGGAGUGUUUUAAAAGUGGCGAACCCGGGUCAUCCAUUUCUUCUUUUAAUGUGUCAUGUGGUUCUCUUCGCGAGCUGCUGCCUGAGUGGAAAUGCUCUCAGUGGUGGAGAAUGGACUGGACCCCCGGGCUGCCAUCCCGGUCAUCAAGAAGAAGCUAGUGGGAUCCAUGAAGGCAUUGCAGAAGCAGUAUGCAUCCUCGGACACAGUGAUCACUAGCGAAGACGGAGAUGCCAACGCCAUGUGCAGUGCCCUGGAGGCUGUGUUUAUCCACGGCCUGCAUGCCAAGCACAUCCGAGCCGAAGCCGGGGGCAAAAGGAAGAAGAGUGCCUACCAGAAGCCUCUGCCUCAGCCUGUGUUCUGGCCCCUCCUGAAGGCUGUCACCCACAAACACAUCAUCUCGGACUUGGAGCACCUGGUCUUCGUGAGCACGGACGUGGGCCGCUGCAGGGCCUGGCUGCGGCUGGCCCUCAACGACGGCCUGAUGGAGUGCUACCUGAAGCUGCUCCUGCAGGAGCAGGCCCGCCUGUGCGAGUUCUACCAGCCCACCGCCCUGCUCCGGGACGCCGAGGAGAGCGAGUUCCUCCUCAGCUUCCUGCAGGGACUCACCUCCCUGUCCUUCGAACUCUCCUACAAGUCCUCCAUCUUAAACGAGUGGACGCUCACCCCGCUGGCCCUCUCUGGGCUUUGCCCCCUCUCUGAGCUCGACCCUGCCACUACCUCUGGGACAGAACUACAGCGCAAGGAGUCGCUGGAUUCCAUUUCCCAUUCCUCAGGCUCCGAGGACAUCGAAGUCCAGCACUCGGGCCAUAAGAUCCAACGGAACAGGCAGCUGACCGCCUCCUCCCUCAGCCUGGACACGGCCAGCUCUUCCCAGCUGUCCUGCAGCCUAAACUCGGAUAGCCUCCUGCUCCCGGAGAACGGCUCCAAGAGUCCCGAUCAUUCUGAGGAGCCCAUGUCAUACGACUCAGACCUGGGGACAGCAAAUGCUGAUGAUUCAGACCCGUCUCUGCAGGAGGUGUUGUCGGAGUUCAGCAAAGCCCAGGUGAACUGUGUGCCAGCCCAUGGACUGAGUGGAGAACCGGAGAUUCCCACACUGCGGGCCACGCCCCCCCUCCACGGCCGCUGCCUGGACACUAGCACACACCCGCACGCUGAUGUGCCUGCAGAGCCCCUCUCUGCCCACACGGCCUCUGGGACUCGAGGUGGUAGCCACAAGCAGGAAGCACUUUCCCAGGCACCUGGCAUCCUGGGCUUGCAGCAUCUGGGCGCUGCCCAAGCUGUCACUUCGGGGAGCACUUCAGACCAGCAGCCCUCUAGUCCUGUGAGAGCAGUUGGCCAUGGGAGUGGCCAGGAGAAGCCUUCGGUGCAUGACAGAGCUGGACUGAGCCUCAUGGUUUCCUCACCCACCAGUCCGAAAAGCAAGAGCUGGAUCUCGGAAGAUGACUUCUACCGGCCUCCCCAGGAACAACCCCCCGAGAAUCCUUCAGAUCUCUCCGUAGCUUCUUCCAGAGAGACUCCAGAGUCCAGGCCUGGUCUCCUCGGGCAUUUUUCUCAAGAACCAAGAAAAAGUUCCUCCAUGGAGGCCUUAGACAAAGCGUGUGUGCCUUCUCCAGGAAGCAGGGAAAGCAAAGCAGCCGCGGCGCAGGAGCAUAAGAACUUCAGGGUGGUGCACCGCAGGCAGAUGGGACUGUCCAACCCAUUCCGGGGUCUCCUGAAGCUGGGCACAGUGGAGCGUCGGGGGGCGAUGGGCAUCUGGAAAGAGCUGUUCUGCGAGCUCUCCCCGCUGGAGUUCCGCCUCUACCUGAGCGGCGAGGAGCGCACCUGUGUGGAGAACUGCUCGCUGCUGCGCUGUGAGUCGGUGGGGCCAGCCCACAGCGAUGGCCGCUUCGAGCUGGUCUUCUCUGGCAAGAAGCUGACCCUGCGUGCGUCCUCCCGGGAUGAGGCCGAGGACUGGCUGGACCGGGUGCGGGAGGCCCUGCAGAAGUGCCGGCCCCAGCAGGAGGAAGAGUGGGUGAACAUCCAGUACCCAGAGCAGCCUAGCGACCUCCCGGAAGGCCCCCAGGGUGGGCUCCCCGCCCAGGCCGACCUGCUCACGGAGCCCGAACCCCUCCAGGGCACGCAGUUCGAUUGGUCCUCUGCCCAGGUUCCCGAGCCAGACGCUAUUAAAGAAUCCCUCUUGUACCUGUACGUGGACAGGACCUGGACGCCCUAUAUUUUUUCCCUGUCCUUGGAGUCCCUGAAAUGCUUCCGCGUGAGAAACAAUGAGAAGAUGUUAAGCGACAGCCAUGGAGUUGAGACCAUCCGAGAUAUCCUGCCAGACACGAGCCUCGGGGGCCCGUCCUUCUUCAAAAUCAUCACAGCCAAGGCCGUCCUGAAGCUGCAGGCCGGCACUGCCGAGGAGGCCGCCCUGUGGAGGGAUCUGGUGCGCAAGGUCCUGGCGUCCUACUUGGAGACGGCCGAGGAGGCAGUGACCCUGGGUGGGAGUCUGGAUGAGAACUGUCAGGAGGUGCUGAAGUUCGCCACCGGGGAGAACGGCUUCCUGCUGCAGUACCUGGUGGCCAUCCCCACCGAGAAGGGCCUCGACUCCCAGGGCUGCUUCUGCGCAGGCUGCUCCCGGCAGAUCGGCUUCUCGUUUGUACGACCCAAGCUCUGUGCCUUCUCUGGCCUCUAUUACUGUGACAUCUGUCACCAAGACGAUGCCUCAGUGAUUCCAGCCAGGAUCAUCCACAACUGGGACCUCACCAAGCGCCCGAUCUGCCGGCAGGCCCUGAAGUUCCUGACGAAGAUCCGGGCCCAUCCGCUCAUCAACCUGCAGCUGGUGAACCCAUCGCUGUACGAGCACGAGGAGCAGAUGCACGUCAUCCAGAGGAGCCGGGAGCAGCUGAAGCUCCUGGGGGAUUACCUGAGCCUGUGCCGGAGCGCGGCCCUGAAGGAGCUCAGCAAGCGGCUCAACCACAGGAAUUAUCUCUUGGAGUCUCCCCAUAAGUACAGUGUCGCAGACCUCCAGCAGAUGGCGGAGGGGACGUAUGAAGGGUUCCUCAAGGCCCUGGUCGAGUUUGCCUCCCAGCACGUCUACCACUGUGACCUGUGCACCCAGCGCGGCUUCAUCUGCCAGAUCUGCCACCACCAUGACAUCAUCUUCCCCUUUGAGUUUGACACCACGGUCAGGUGCGGUGAAUGCAAGACCGUCUUCCACCAGAGCUGCCAGGCCGUGGUGAAGGGCUGCCCCCGCUGUGCCCGCCGGCGCAAGUACCAAGAACAGAGCGCUCUCACCUAACCCAGUCUCCUGUCCCCACCUCGGAGGCCUCGGAGGCCUCGGGUGAGGGCUCAGCUCAGCCAUCCCAGCUGGGCUUGCUGUCAGCCGGGACUACUCUCUCACGGUGUCUCCAGUCUCCCUUGUCAGGAAGACUCAGAUGUGACCAGAGCACGAGCCUACCAGAGGGAGCCUUUGCUGAUGCCCCCUCAUCGGUUCCAGGCGGUGGGGACACCAGCAGACACCCCGUUCCGGGUGCUGGGGGAGGGCUCUUUGCACUAACCAGGCUCCUGCUCACCUCACUGACACGGCGCCCCCAUCAGGGCUGUUCACAUACUAUGGAAAUAAGACUUGGGGCGCAUUUUCCAAUCCACAUUCCUGAUUAAAAAGUCUAGUUUUUUAAGGUGGAUAUUUUUUCCCUUCAUAUUUCAACAGAAAAUAUUUUUUUAUUCUUAACCCUACAUAGUCCCCCAAGAAAUCCAGGCAUUCUCAUGGGGCAAAUGUGCAGGUGCCAGCCAGGCCUGGUGUGCCGACGGGGCAGCUGGGCAGGCAGGCCACCCCUGGGACAGAGCCUGUCAGCUGCCUUUCCUUCGCCCUCCCAGACACUUGCUGCCACAGCUCAAGUGCGAUGUGCCAAACCGCCCGUGGGGCCAGGCGGGGUCAGUCCUGAUGACCAUCUUCUUUCCCCUCUUCAUUCCCUGCCCGUCCUCCCCACCCGAAAGCCCAUUCUCUUCCUCUGUGUCAGAGCCCCUGGCUCCUCUGUAGCCUGGACUCCGGUCCCUGCAGGAGAAGGGGAAUGACUCGGAACCAGCACUGUCAGCACUUUGCAUCUUCCUUGGUCCAGGAAGUCAUCUUGCCCACCCUUCAGCCCCACGCCCUGCUCACUCCUACGCUACACAAGGGCAGGGUACUCUGCAGACUCUCUCAGGGGCCCCAUCCCUGCCUGGCUGACCCCUGCUGGGACAGUAGGCUGGACCCCCAGCGGGCAGCGAGCCCAGGCGGGCCGCCUCAGCACACACCGUGGAGCAGUGACCCCGUCCUUCCACGAAGAGUGCCAGCCCUGCUGCAGAGGUGCGCAGGGGUCUGCGGGAGAAGGUCCGUGGAAGGGUGCUUCACUCCGUUUACAAAGCCAUGCAUCCACACAGCAUCGCUGGACUGGCCCAGGAGGGGCGCUGCUAGAGACUGGAAAAUUCUGUUGGAACACCAUUGCUAUUUGAAGGGGUGUUGGGGUGGGGUGGGAGCCUGGAAUUGUUUUCAAAUGAUAUUUAGACCCUUGGGGUUUGAGAGAAUCUGGGUGUGAUUUCUCUGCUGCCUUCUCUCACCUCUCCUGAACCCAGCAGGCCCCCCUCAGCCCUGGGGUCCUCUGGUCAUCUGUGUACCCACCUUGAGAUUGAGGGCCACAGCUGAAGAUCUGCCUGUCGCUGUCAAGAGAUGAACCUACUCCCACCUCUCCCUUGGGGUGAUUCAGCUGCUGAGUCACCUGCCUAGCCCCGUGGAGCUGGAUAAAUUGUGCAAUAGAACAGAGGAGGUGCUAGGCAGGGGGGGAGGGGCUGCCACACAGCCUCCCUGUCCCCUCUCGGAAGGUGGUGCACACCUGUGCUCAGCACGACAAAGCCUCCAGAACUGGCAAGUGGAUCCUUAUCCUCAUCCCACCCCUCACGGCAUUCAUGUUCCACUGCAAAACAGUCUGAUCGGAGCCCGACCGGCCCCCGAUCCCUGCGUGGGCAGGAGCCCAGCCUGGGGUGGGCAGUGCCACCUGAGCCUGGCCCGUUCCCUCGGGCCUGUGAGUAUAUUCCAGAAGGUGCCCUCGGAGGCAGGAGGAGCGAGGCCCUGGAGGCACUCACUUCAGUGCACCCCACCCUGACCCUCCCAGAGAUUAGUAGCAUUAGAGCUGACCCUCCCCCCAUCGCCAGAAGCUGAUGCUUUCAGAUAGCUGACUUCACCCCUCACCUCCAAUGGAAAGCUGAUGUGAACCUCAGCAAUGGCCACACUAUUUUUAAAAUGUUGUUUUAUGCAAUAAACUUUGCAGUGUGGGGCCCUGGCCCUGGAAGUGCUUUGCAAUGUUCUGAAGGAACUGCUGC